UUCUCCUCUAGUCUGCAUAGCAUCUCUCUCCAUCCACACGGAGUAAGGUAUUGGACAACAGAGACAGAAUAGGCUACCGUGCCCAGGAACGGACAAGACGGCAGUCUCCCAAAGCCAACUAACGCAAAACGACUGAAUCAGGGACAGCAGUGGUGACAGACUUCCAAACAAAAUGUUAUCAGAAUGUUCUACCCAGUGAUGUCAUCAGAACCCUUUACCCAGUGAUGUCAUCAGAACCCUCUACCCAGUGAUGUCAUCAGAACCCUCUACCCAGUGAUGUCAUCAGAACCCUUUACCCAGUGAUGUCGUCAGAACCCUCUACCCAGUGAUGUCGUCAGAACCCUCUACCCAGUGAUGUCGUCAGAACCCUCUACCCAGUGAUGUUGUCAAAACCCUCUACCCAGUGAUGUCAUCAGAACCCUCUACCCAGUGAUGUCGUCAGAACCCUCUACCCAGUGAUGUCGUCAGAACCCUCUACCCAGUGAUGUCAUCAGAACCCUCUACCCAGUGAUGUCGUCAGAACCCUCUACCCAGUGAUGUUGUCAAAACCCUCUACCCAGUGAUGUCGUCAAAACACUCUACCCAGUGAUGUCGUCAGAACCCUCUACCCAGUGAUGUCAUCAGAACCCUCUACCCAGUGAUGUCGUCAAAACACUCUACCCAGUGAUGUCAUCAGAACCCUCUACCCAGUGAUGUCGUCAGAACCCUCUACCCAGUGAUGUCAUCAGAACCCUUUACCCAGUGAUGUCGUCAGAACCCUCUACCCAGUGAUGUCGUCAAAACCCUCUACCCAGUGAUGUCGUCAGAACCCUCUAACCAGUGAUGUCAUCAGAACCCUCUACCCAGUGAUGUCGUCAGAACCCUCUACCCAGUGAUGUCAUCAGAACCCUCUACCCAGUGAUGUCAUCAGAACCCUCUACCCAGUGAUGUCGUCAGAACCCUCUACCCAGUGAUGUCAUCAGAACCCUCUACCCAGUGAUGUCGUCAGAACCCUCUACCCAGUGAUGUCGUCAGAACCCUCUAACCAGUGAUGUCGUCAGAACCCUCUAACCAGUGAUGUCGUCAGAACCCUCUACCCAGUGAUGUCGUCAGAACCCUCUACCCAGUGAUGUCAUCAGAACCCUGUAACCAGUGAGCUCAAGGUCAAACCAAGGUCACAGGUGGAAAGGGGCAGUGAAAAAAGGAAGGAUGUGAGAUGAGAUUUAAUUCUCUUGUUCCCUGGCUAUAACAAAGACCCAUAAAGCACCUAUAGAGAGAGAGAAAGAGAGAGAGAGAGAGACAGAAGGAGGAGAGAGUGAAAGAAGAAGAGUGAGAGAAAGAGGGAGAAGAGAGAGACAAAAACAAUAGAAGGAAAGAGAAAGAGAGAGAGAGAGAAGGAGGAGAACACACAAAUCCAUUAAUGGCAGCAGAAUCCGAGAGGUGUCUUUGAGAUUGCCUGAAGGACCCUUCCUCCACUAUGAGUGUCCCAGCUGGUCUCCAGAGUCUGUCUGUCAGCGGACGAGACAUAAAAAACAACAACAACAAAUCUCAUGUCCUGUUUCACCCUCUGACUGGAGAUGCUAACGCUAACCAGCUAGUGCUAAUUGGGGAGACCCCAGAUGACCAGGCCUCCAGCCCGCUACCCCCCCUGGUGGCCCAGAGCGAAGCCCAGGACAAGCUUCUUAUCUGGGGCAGGGAGGAGCGAUGUCUGGACCAUGACAUCCAGGAGUUGGAACUGCUAGAGUGUCACGAGAUACACACCUUCCAUGGAGAUGGAGGUGAAGGGGGGGAUGGAAAGAGAUUAGGAGAAAUGGAGGAGGAUGAUGAAGGAGAGGAUUCUAAAAGAGGAGCAGACGAAGGACUGUUGUCGAUCUCUUCCAGCUCCACGGCCAGCUGUGUUUCUGUUCACGGGAACGAUAACGAUAGCAAUGGGAGGGACAGAGGGAUGGAUAGACAAGAAGAGGUAGCGGGAGAGAGAGAGGUGCUCCGUCAGGACCUCAACUACAGCGUCCCUCGAUCAGGUAAAGAGACGGGAGGAGGAGGAGGAGGAGGAGGAGGAGGAGGAGAGCAGAACAGCGUGGGUGACAGAGGGAGUCUCUGUGUGUCUGCCGUUUCCACCCUGAGUAGCAGUCUGGACCCUAAUGGACAUCCAUUGACCUCUAACCCCAAUCCCACUACCUCAGCCAAGAGAAGGGCUCCCCCUGUUGGCCUGAACUCCACAGCAGCACCACACUCUCAGGACACUCCUAACCUGGGAGAACUACAGGACCCGAGGUCACCUGACCAAGAAGUACAUCAUCAGCACCAGGAAACAUCUAACCUGGAAGUAGAACUGUCGAGGGGUCAAAGUGCGACAGAGGAGGGGUCUAAACUGGAUGUUACCACUCAAAGACAGGACGUGAGGUGUUACCAGGGAAACAGCAUCUUGUCCUCCUCAGAUGGAGGGAUAGGACAGAGGAAGAAGGGGGUAGGAGCUCCUCCUCCUCGCAGGCAACAGCUCGUCCGACCUCUCUGUCAGUUGGAACCAGGAAGAGGGAGGAGCUUAGCUGAACCAAUCACAAGACGCCGCUCCUCGACCUCUCCCUCCCUGUCUCCAGAUGCGGGUCGUAAGGUCGUGGACCCAGGUCACCACGGGGUCGACGGCAGGCAAACACAAGAGACCCUAGAGGUCAAGAGUUCAAUGGUCAACUGUAGCAGUUACUCCCACCUUCACUCCCACCCCCAUUACCAGCCCAGCUCCAGUCCCGGAGCUCCCCAGCCCAGCCAGGCCAGCCAGUCUGCCCAGAGAGAGGCUCGUUCCCUGGAUAGACGUCGGAGUAGCGCAGAACGUACCUCCAGCCUGGAGAGGAGACAUCAGGACCAGUCUCAGCUCAGAUACCGUAGAACUAACCGCUGUGGGGCUACUGUCACCUCUCAACCACGCUCACACACACCCCCUCGCUCCCCACUCGGAACCCCACAGGGGUCACCACGGAGACAAGAUCAACAGCAACAACAGCUGAUGUCCCCUUCGAGGAUCAUUACAGGUUCAGCUCGGUAUCCCCAGGGCUAUGGUAGCAGUGGACUUAGACCACCUCUCAAAUCUAACCUCGCUUCUACAGGGAUACCCAUACCUCCUCUACACCACCAGGCCCCUAACCCCAGCCCCAGCCCCCCCAAGCCCAAAGGAGUGCGGCCCAAAAUCAUCACCUAUAUCCGGAAGGGUCCUCAACUCAAACCCCAGGCUUCAGACGGGCCUUACCAGGUCUCCUCCUUGCCCUCCAGGCUCUCUGCCUAUACACAUACACACUCCCCUGCCACAAACAUGCCUCAGAAGCACUCCUCUAGCCCCAAAACGCACACCAACACACACUCCCGCGGCAUAGCGUCCAGAAACACACCCGUCCUGAGUGCCUCCAACCUCCUCUACGACAAAUACAGACAAGAGAUGCAGAAAAACCGUCUGUUCAACUCUGGUAUGAUGGGAACAGGGAUCCGUGGCUACACACACACUGUCCCCCCGACACACACACAGUCUGGCUCUCACACACACACCCACACACACACUGGAGCCCACACUCACAGCCACACAGCCCCUCCGAAGCUGGGCAGCAAGGCUGAGAGCUUCUAUGGACCACUGGUGGACAAGUACCAACCAGCAGAGAUGAGUAGAAAUACGGGCAGCCUUGGUCGCGAGGACCCCUCAGGCCCCAGGAUGGCAACCCAGGCGGCUCAAGCCGGCGGCACUGGCAGUCUGCUCCGCUCUGGCAUAGGGCUGCGCCCGCAACUGGGUCUGGGAGCUGUUGCACGGGCAACCCCGGGGUCUGUCGUUUUCACAGCAACCAAGAACCAGAUGAUGGUUCAGGGUCAGAGGACAGCAUUGGGAUUCAGUCAACCAGUGCAGCCCGUCAGCCCAGCGACCAAUCAGAAUGGACAGGACAACACAGGUGACCAGCAAAGACCGUCACCCACCCCAGCUCCGUCCCAGACCCCCAGAACUCUGCUCCCCAGCCAGUCAGCGCUGCGUGCUCCUGGGUUCAGCUCUGUGUGUCUCCCCCCUGGAGCUCCUGGAGCUGGACGUCUGGCUGCGUUCGGGUUCAUACGGAGCUCCAGUGUCUCAUCUGUGUCCUCUCUCCACUCUGUUGAGAGCUCCCCGUCAGACCCCUGUCGACGGCCCAGUGUGUGUGUGGACCCUCCCCUCUACAGAGUGACCAACACACCCUGUACAGACCCCCAGAGAGGAGGGGGACCCCCAAACUAUGCCACCCGUAAUCUACAGCCCCCAUCUACCCCAGCUCUGCCUCGAAGAUACCUGCCUGCUCAGCCCAGAGGGUCACCUGUUGGUGUGAGGAAGGAGUUCCCGAGGAGUUCUGAGAUCACAAGGUCCCUUCCUUCCUCUCCUAAGAGGCUGGCUGUGGUGCCUCCUAAACCCCAGUCACCAGUCCUCCCCAGGCAGCGUCCAGCAGCAGCCGCCAGAGGGUCAGUUCCCCCCAGCUCCCCUCGGCGCGUUCCCCCCUUCAGGCCAAAGCAGGAACAGCAGGAGAACCUGCAGAGGGAGAAAGAGGAGGCGCAGUUGAAGGAGAGAGAGAGGGAGGAGCAGGAGAGGGAGCGAGAGAGGGAGAAACAGAGGGAGGAGGUCCAGAGGCUUCAGAAUCGCUGUGUGGAGCAGGAGGAUCAGCUGACAUCACUGAGAGAGGAACUGAGGAAGACUACGCUAGGACUACAAGCCUUCAUCAUUACUUCCCAACACUACUGUCUACAGAAUGAGAGCGCUACAGAGAAGGAGAAAGAGCUCUCCCUGGAGAUUCAGAGGAUCAAACAGGAAGUCGCUUCUAACACCACUCAAUGGGAGAGGCUGCAAAAGGAGAAGGCGGAGCUGGAGGUGGGGUUUGAGCGGGAGCUCGCGGAGCUGCAGCUGCAGCAGGAGGAGGAGCUAGCGGCGGUGGAGGCGGAGCUAAGGGUCUGUCACUCAAAGGAGACGGAACACCUGAGGGCGGAGCAUCAGGAAGAGGUGGAGGAGAUCAGGACCCAGCAGCAGGAGCAGAUGGAUGAGCUGACGGUGAACCACGAGGCAGCCAUUCAAGAGCUGAGGGACAUGCACAACAUUACCAUGACAACGCUGUACGAGGAGCAUGCUCGCACCAUGAGGGACCUAAGGAAGGCUCAUGAGCAGCAGAAGGUAACUCUGGAAGAAGACUUUGAGAAGCUCAGGCUCUCUCUGCAGGAUCAGGUGGACACCCUGUUGUUCCAGAAGAGUAGCUUGAGGGACAAAGCCAAGCGCUUCGAAGAGGCACUGAGAAGAAGCACCGACGAACACAUAGUGGAUACCCUAGCCCCAUACCAGCACAUUGAGGAGGAUUUGAAGAGCUUGAAGGAUGUUGUGGAGAUGAAGAACAACCAGAUUCACCAACAGGAGAAGAAGAUCUCUGACCUGGAGAGAGUGGCCCAGAAGAACGUUGUGUUAGAGGAACGGAUGCAGGUGCUACAGCAGCAGAACGAAGACCUGAUGGCCCGUAUAGACAAUAACCUAGCCCUGUCCAGGCAACUCUCAGAGGAGAACGCUAACCUGCAGGAGAAUGUAGAGAAGGAGAACGGAGAGAAGAAACGACUGAGCCGUAACAAUGAGGAGCUCCUCUGGCGUCUACAGACCUCACCUCUCUGCUCCCCCUGCUCCUCUCCCAUCCACCGCUCCUUCUCCACCUCCCCCACUCUGUCUUCCUGCCUCUUUUCCUCCUCUCCCGGGAUGGGAGGAGGGAUGGGGUUUGACGCCCCCUCUCACUACUGUGGAGGAUACCUGCCCCCCGCACCUACACACGGCUACUCCCCUAGUCACAGAGAGAAUCAGAAUCAGUCUCCAGGGCCGGCCACACCCACUCACAGAGGAUUCUCCAAUCAGAAUCAGUCUCCAGGACCGGCCACACCCACUCACAGAGGAUUCUCCAAUCAAAAUCAGUCUCCAGGACCGGCGACGCCUACUCACCGAGUGUCACCCAAUCACUGUCACUCGCCUGCUCGGCUCAACCCCCUCAUGAGAUGAGCUCACUUUUCUCUCUUCCUGUCUUACUUUUUAUUUUCAUCUCUUUACUGUUAAUCUCUCGGUGGACAGACUACUGAGACAUAAAUGGUAGUGUACAUCUGUCAUGAUACAAUGGAAUGUGUGAGACUAACUAGCAGCGUUAGUUCAGGUGUUUUGGACAAAAUCGCUGGUGAUAUCGUCUUUCAAAAGUGGAGGGGACAUUUUGGCCCGUAACUUGCAUAAAGACAGGAUGGAGCUCUUUGUUCCAGUUUCGAUCCUCGUUCUAUCUCUUCUCUUAACACGUACUGUAUGGACCCAGAAUUUAAUCGAACAUCUGACCAGUCACGCAAGUUCUGGUUUAACCAAGAUUACUUUUCUGAUAUAAUGUUGCACAAGGUUUAAGUGCUAGAUAAGAUGGGUGUUCUCUCCAGCUACUACGGCUGUAAGAAAAGAGAAAAGACAGAACUCCACUAGCAUCGCUAAUAUAUUCUAACAAUGCCUUUCUGCUAGCCUCUCGUUGGCUAACUCCACUAGCAUCUCUGUAGCCAUUGACCCAGGCUAGCUGACCUAGCCUCUCAUUGGCUAACCCCACUAGCAUCUUUGUAGCCAUUGACCCAGGCUAGCUGACCUAGCCUCUCAUUGGCUAACUCCACUAGCAUCUCUGUAGCCAUUGACCCAGGCUAGCUGACCUAGCCUCUCAUUGGCUAACCCCACUAGCAUCUUUGUAGCCAUUGACCCAGGCUAGCUGACCUAGCCUCUCAUUGGCUAACCCCACUAGCAUCUCUGUAGCCAUUGACCCAGGCUAGCUGACCUAGCCUCUUGAUGGCUAACUCCACUUGCAUCUCUGUAGCCAUUGACCCAGGCUAGCUGACCUAGCCUCUCGAUGGAUAACUCCACUAGCAUCUCUGUACCUGUAGACUAAGACUAGCUGACCUAGCCUCUCGAUGGAUAACUCCACUAGCAUCUCUAUAGCCAUUGACCCAGGCUAGCUGACCUAGCCUCUCGUUGGAUAACUCCACUAGCAUCUCUGUACCUAUAGACUAAGACUAGCUGACCUAGCCUCUCAAUGGCUAACUCCACUAGCAUCUCUGUACCUAUAGACUAGGACUAGCUGACCUAGCCUGUUGAUGGUUACCUCCACUAGCAUCUCUGUACCCAUAGACUAAGACUAGCUGACCUAACCUCUUGAUGGCUAACUCCACUAGCUUCUCUGUAUCUAUAGACUAAGACUAGCUGACCUAGCCUCUUGAUGGCUACCUCCACUAGCAUCUCUGUACCCAUAGACUCAUACUAGCUGACCUAGCCUCUCAAUGGCUAACUCCACUAGCAUCUCUGUACCUAUAGACUAAGACUAGCUGACCUAGCCUCUUGAUGGCUAACUCCACUAGCUUCUCUGUAUCUAUAGACUAAGACUAGCUGACCUAGCCUCACGAUGGAUAACUCCACUGGCAUCUCUGUACCCAUAGACUCAUACUAGCUGACCUAGCCACUCGAUGGCUAGCUCCACUAGCAUCUCUGUACCUAUAGACUAAGACUAGCUGACCUAGCCUCACGAUGGAUAACUCCACUGGCAUCUCUGUACCUAUAGACUAGGACUAGCUGACCUAGCCUCUCAAUGGCUAACUCCACUAGCAUCUCUGUACCUAUAGACUAGGACUAGCUGACCUAGCCUCUCAAUGGCUAACUCCACUAGCAUCUCUGCACCUAUAGACUAAGACUAGCUGACCUAGCCUGUUGAUGGCUACCUCCACUAGCAUCUCUGUACCCAUAGACUCAUACUAGCUGACCUAGCCACUCGAUGGCUAGCUCCACUAGCAUCUCUGUACCUAUAGACUAAGACUAGCUGACCUAGCCUCUCGAUGGAUAGCUCCACUAGCAUCUCUGUACCUAUAGACUAAGACUAGCUGACCUAGCCACUCGAUGGCUAGCUCCACUAGCAUCUCUGUACCCAUAGACUCAUACUAGCUGACCUAGCCGCUCUGCUGUACCCUGUAGACUCCAUGAAGGUACAAAAAUACUGUAUGUCUCCAUUCACCACCAGCAAACUGAAGAACACUGGAGUCUUAUGCUUGUGCUUGGCCUGCAAGUGGAACCAGCUAACUGAUGAACGAGGGAGACCUCUCUAUCUCUUUAAGGAAGCUGACUGGCUCGCUAGCUCUAGAAUGUUAGGAUGUAGUGCAGUCAACCACGGACUACGUUGAACGACUGCAGUGUAUUGAAACACCAACCACGGGCAGUGCUGAAAUGUAGAUUGUAUUGUGCUCUGCAACAACAGACUCCACUUCAAUGUAUUGUAUAUAGAAACAGACAGACAGGCUGACAAUAUAUGUUGUUACAAUGAGUAGAAACAGACAGAUGAAUGGACGGACGGACAGACAGACGGACUGAGAGUAUGUAUACCACCAGAUGGGAACAGUGGUAGUCUCUGCUUAGUUAUUCGGGUCCAAACCACCACACCACCUCCUCCGCCAUGCAGGGACGGACUGGGACCAGAAACUGGACCGGCAUUUAUAACACAUCGAUUCAAGGCCAGUCCAUUUCCGCUACCACGGAUUUGUCUGUACCGGUGCUUACUACCAACCAAAUGGAACCAUGGAUAAAAUAACAGUCUCAAGGGAGCACCUUAUACUCCGGUCCAGAGCACCUUAUACUCCGGUCCAGGUUUUUCUUUCAGUACAACCUUUUACCAGCACGUGAUGUCCAACAGUCUUCAGAUACCAGGAUUUUACAGAUGAUUUUAAUCCACGUUUAAAAGGAUGUUUUAUAAACUGUUUCAGUUUUUACCAGCACGUGAUGUCCAACAGUCUUCAGAUACCAGGAUUUUGCAGAUGAUUUUAAUCCACGUUUAAAAGGAUGUUUUUAUAAACUGUUUCAGUUUUUACCAGCAAACAGUAAUACUUAACAGAAGCGCUUCCAAUCCAGACGGAAUCCAAAUCCGCUCCAGUCUUCCGCUCUCUCUACAUGGAUAUAACCUGUGGGUAGGUUAUGUACCUGUAUCCCCUCACCUUUUGAUUCAGGGUGUUCAAAUAUAUCAAACAUAUUUAGGAUUGACUGAUCUACAAAUAAUAAUGGGGAGGCAGGUAGCCUAUCGGUUAGAGCGUUGGGGAUUAGUAACCGAAAGGUUGCUAGUUUGAAUUCCCCCAAGCCGACAGGGUGAAAAAAAAUCUGUCCUACUGCCCUUGAGCAAGGCACUUAACCUUCACUGGUCUAGGGUCGCUGUCAAUAAUGGUUGAUCCCCCUUAGUCGUGACCCCACUCUCUGAGGGUGUCUCAGGGAGAGUUGGGAUAUGCAAAAAAACAACAAACAAAAACACAUUUUCAAUUCACACAUAAAAUAAGAGAUAUAUACUGUAAGUACCCACGAACAGAGAGCCAUUUGGGACACAGGCACCGGGAUGUAAAAAUACCGACCACAGGAAUUGUUUGUUGUUUUCUAAGUGAUAUUUGUAAACGUAUUUAUUGGACUUUUGUAUACUUUAUCUACUUUACCAAGCAUGUCUUCCAGUCUUUAACUCUCGCUGUCUGGAGCCUGGGGCCUAUAGGUUCCAUCCCAGGUUUUC